AUGUUUUUUAUAAACACAGAAUGGUCAUCAGCACGUCUUUCGCUUCAUGCGCAAGUUGUCUAUCCACUAAAAAAUGUGUUGCUGUUCUUAAAUUUGAGACGAAUUAGAUUCACUCUAGGGAUAAGCGAAGCGUUGCAAGUUGUGGAUACCUUUGCCACCUCAGCUCUCACCGGCUGGGUGGAGAAAUGUAUUCGUUAUUCAGGUCCCGAAACCGGGCCGGCCACAGCUCCUGGCGCCAUUUUGACAGGUGGCCUUGAUCAGACGGACGCGCAAUGGACUGGCGCCUGUGAGUGGCUGGAAUCCGUUACCGAUCCGACAGAGAGUCUCGAACAAAUGCCAACGGCUCCGAAUGUGUCCUCGUCCUUUUCAGGUCUAAAUUCCCCUUCAGGCUAUGUGACUGCUUUGAGUCUACUUCGACUUUUACCUCAUUUACGUGCUUUCUUUCGUUUCUCGUAUUUUCUUUUGCAAUUGAACGAAAACGAGUUUGCUCAAUCCGAAUCCAGCGCCUCGAAUCCGGGCUUGCGAGUGCGCAAACCAUUGGAUCCGUCCAGUACCAUGAUCAACCUGCCUAUUUCGGAUCGUAAAGCGACUCGCAAACCAACAAGCACCACGUCCGUCAUGACACGUCGCCUAUGGUUGCUAAUUUUUGCUAUCACCGUGCACAACAUUCCCGAGGGUUUUGCCGUUGGUAUCGCAUUCGGCGGUGUUGGACGAUUCCGGAAAUAUACAUUUACAGAAGCUAGGUACUCGCUUCGUUCUACAUUUUUCUCUGAUCUCUAA